AUGGCCGCCAAUCGCCCUGACCUUCCCCUUCCUCCUCCUAGUGAGCCCUCCCAAUCCAACCAACCACCGCCUCCUCCGCCGUCGCCGUCGCCGCUCAUUCUCCCAUCUCCGCCGCAAUCUACUCCCCCUAACCCUACUCCAACUCCCACUUCAACAACAACAACUACAACUCCUACCUUCACUUUCAUCACUCCGAUUCCGAUCCCAAAUUCGAUCACAUCUUCCCAGCUUCUGCCAGCAGCUGUCACCACCACCACCGCCGCUGCAACUACAACAACCACUCCCUGCUCCUCCCCGACCUCCCCUUCUUCCGGGAAGCACCCGGCGUACAGGGGGAUCCGGGCCCGGAGCGGGAAGUGGGUGUCGGAGAUCCGGGAGCCCAAGAAGACGACCCGGAUAUGGCUGGGAACCUACCCGACCCCGGAGAUGGCGGCCGCAGCGUACGACGUCGCUGCGCUGGCGCUCAAGGGUCCCACCGCCCCGCUCAAUUUCCCCAACUCCAUCAUCGCCUACCCUAUCCCGGCCUCCCCUUCCGCCUCCGACAUUCGCGCCGCCGCCGCCAAGGCAGCCCUCGCCCGCCUGCCCAAACCGGUUCCCGUUGCCAGUAGUACCGCUGAUCAUCCGCCCGCCGCCUCCUCCUCCUCAUCCUCCGUGGAGGAGAUCAAAGUGGUGGUUGUCAAGGAGAAGGAGGAGGAGGAGGAGGAGGAGUUCAUGGACGUGGAUGAGCUGCUGAACAUGCCGAAUCUGCUGGUGGAUAUGGCCGGAGGGAUGAUGGUCAGCCCGCCCAGGAUGGAUACGCCGUCGUCGAUACAUGAUUCGCCGGAUAAUUCGGAUGCCGGGGAUUCGCUCUGGUCGUAUCACUUGGGAAAGUGA